AUGUACGCUGACAUGGUUUUGGGGUUGAUCAGUAACAACGCUCAUGCGAACCAGAAUCUUACGAAAUUUGCGGUGACCGUUCCGGAUACUAGAGCACAGAUUCAGACUUACCUUUCCGAUCUAGAAGCAUCAAAGGUCAAUCAUGGUACGAAGGAAGUUCUGUACAUAAUGUGGGUCGGCAUCAACCCAGUAGACGCGAUCUGGACAGAUGCCGUUGACCCUGAUACCAAUGGUGGCAAAGGAGCACAACAUUUCACCGACUCAUUAUACGUGAACGCUACCGCAAGAGUACAAAGACAACUUCAAGAAGUUCAAUAUCAAAUACAACAUUUGCGCGACAAUCAUAACGUGAAAAAGUUGAGUCCAACUGCCUGCUCAUAA